AUGGUAGAGUCUCUUACAGGAACCAACUCUAAUCUGACAGUUGUGGAGGCAAUUGUAAGAAAGCUUAACGAGGUACUUAAAACUAAAAGAUUCUUGCUUGUACUGGAUGAUGUUUGGAAUGAAGAUGCAAAGAAAUGGGAUGGAAUGAGGGAGUGUUUGCGAGGUAUAGGUGCAUCGGACGAAAGUAGGAUAAUCGUGACAACUCGAAACGAGACAGUUGUUUCAAUCAUGCAACCAUCUUUUCCUUGUCCAUUGGGAAUACUUUCUGCUGGUGAUAGCUGGGAAUUGUUUGAGAAAAUAGCAUUUGGUCACGGUUGCGCAGCAGUAAAGACUCCUGAAUUGAUAAAUAUAGGAAGAAAAAUUGUUGCUAAGUGCGGUGGUGUGCCAUUGGCAGUAGCGGCAAUAGGAGGUUUGUUGUGGUACAAAAAGGAUGAACGUGAGUGGUCAAAAAUAGAAAAUAAUAAAACAAUGGCUGCAAUGGAAGAAGCUGGAAGAAGAGUCAUAUCCGCUAUAAAGUUAAGCUACGAUCAUUUGCCUUCAUUGUCGUUGAAACAAUGUCUUUUAUAUUGUACUAUAGUGGGAAAGGGUGGCGUUGCAACAGUGGAAAGCAUGAUACAACUUUGGAUGGCACAGGGAUUGCUCAAUCCUUCCAAGGGAAGUCACCUGGAAAUGGAGGAUGUUGGCCGUAACUACAUGAGUAUUUUGCUCCGGACUUCUUUGUUGCAAGUUUCCGAGAAGGAUGGGUUUGGAAGAACUAUAAAAUUCACUAUUCACGAUCUUGUGUAUGACUUUGUUAAGGAAGCAGCUAAAGAGUCCAUUUUCUUGGUUCCCUCGGUUGAACUUAGAUCCGGUAGGGAAAGUCUCUUAAAGCCACGAACUUUGAUUUUGAGCGAUGGCCUUGCACAUGAUUUGCCGAACGUUCGUAAAAGCCUUCGAGUCUUACGUGUUGUUGAAGGUGAACAUGUUAAGGAAUUGCCAACCACGAUUGGAAAGUUGAAGCUUUUAAGAUAUCUUGACAUCUCCAGGACUUCAAUAACAGAGCUCCCAAAUCCCAUCACACUGUUGUACAAUUUGCAAACAAUGAAACUCAGUAAUCUGCAACAGCUUCCCAAAAAUUUUGAAAAUUUGGCUAACCUGAGGCAUUUGUGCAUUGAAGAAGAUGGAAUCAUCAACGGCAAGCCAUGCUUGCUUCCUGAUAUAGGGCAAUUGAGUUCUCUUCAGACGUUGCCUUUCUUCUAUGUAAGUCAAGAUAAGGGAUGCCAAAUUGAUCAGUUGGGGCGUUUGCACAAUCUCAGGGGCGACCUGAAGAUCUUUGAUCUCCAGAAUGUUAGCAACCAAGAGGAAGCAAUCAAAGCAAAAAUAUCCACAAAGAUAAACCUUGAUAGUUUGGAACUUCACUGGGAUACUAGGACUAGAGACGGAUCCACUGAUGAGGAUGUCUUGAAAGGUCUUGAACCUGACCCAAAUUUGAAAGGUUUCGGAAUGGAAAACUUUAUGGGCCGAAGCCUUCCAUCGUGGAUGCUGACCAAAAGCCAUCCUUUGGUCUUUCGCAAUCUUGUGAAGAUCCUACUGAGGAACUUCAACAAGUGUCAGCAAAUUCCACCACUUGGGCACCUCCCUCACCUCAAUAUUGUCAACAUAAUUGGAAUGAAAAGUGUAAAUUGCAUCGGCACUGAUUUCUUCGGUUGGAAAAAUGUUGAUGAUGCAAGUUGCAAUCCAAGUGGCGUAGCAGGGGAUGCUGUGGUUUUAUUUCCGGCACUAAAAAGAGCUAAUUCUGGAGGAUAUGCCUGA